AUGGCAUCUGAUGCGGAGGAGAAGACUUUUCUUACCUUGCAAGGGCUUGGGAGCUUCUUUCACGACCCGCGCAAUAAAAAAUUCAAGAUUAUCCCUGCCAGAGGUCUCGAUGAAUCUUCCGAAGAUGAGGAGGAGAGAGCCACAACUUGCCCGAUACUACCACCACCACUCCCGGAUUUACGUCUCACAACGGAUGAUGAGCCCAAAAAUCCACUGUUAGGUUUUCUCUUUGGCCGCUCAAAGAUGUGUGAUGUUCUACUGGAUCAACGCGCCGUAAGGCCUAUCAGUCGCAAACAAUUUGCCAUCCAGGUACAACCAGUCUCCCGAGACUUGAUUCUGGUCAAUUACAGCUCAAAUGGUACCGCAGUCAGUUUUGACAACGGAGACUCGUUCAUGAUACUCAAGGCCGAGAAGGUGAUAGCGCCAGGGGGUCGCUUCGUUAUCGUGCUGGACGACUACGAACGGAUCCAUUUUCAUUGUCCGAACCAUGCAAAUCUCACCAAACACUGGAUCCAAUAUUGCCAUCGCCUAUCAUCGCGAUUUCCGAAUCUCGAUUCCUUGUCUCUAGACGCUGCGCCAGCCUCGAGCUGUGUUUCAUCCACGAGCCCCGACUACAGGGCCCUCAAAGGCAUUGGGUGUGGGCGGAGUGGAUUAGUCUAUUGUGUGGAAUACAAUCAGGAGCUGUACGCCAUGAAGCCAUACAAGAAUGCCUAUAAUCCCAAAUUCUGGUCGUUAACUCAUCUUUAUGCUGCCCCUGAGAUCUUUGAAGAUGAAUGGGGCAUGAGAAUAGAUGUUUUCCCAAUGGGCCUCAUAGCAAUGAAGCUCUUCUAUUACCUACCACAGUACCCGAAUCAGGAGUCUACUCCACUUCAACGUGUUCAACAAUGGCUAUCGACGCUCAAGUUGCACCUUGAUCAGCCAAAAGUCUCUAGACUGAAAACGAUCAAGUUUCUCUCCAGUGUGCUACAGCCAGACGCAAACGAAAGGCCAACCGCAAUAGAGUGCCUUCAACAUCCAGUUUGGGGGUUAAGUCAAUACGAAUAUGAGCUAGAGGCAGAUAAACUGAUCUCCUGGAGACCUUGUCCUGAUGAGUCAGAUAUUGUGGAGGAUAACGACCCAACACUUGUGGACACCACGCUGUUUAGUACAGUACCUCGCGAUCCUGGCAAGGCUCUGACUCCAGAAGUCACAAUUAUGAGACCGCAGCGUGCACAUAAGACAGGAAGUGGGGUUUCCGGUGCAGGAGGUGCCAGGCAUAGGACCGAAACUGGCAAUUCUUAUCAGGUAGCUCAGGCAAGGAUCACAAAACCACGGGAUAGGGUGCGAAGACACAGGAGUCUCUGGGACAAAUUAACCCAUGUAGUCGGCUAUUUGGGAUUAGAUAUGGAGAGCUCCUAUGUGGAUUGA